AUAUAAAGGGAGAGAGAGGAGAGUGUUAAGAGCAAGGCGUGCUUUUGCGCUUUUAGGGAGAGAGAGAUUUAAGUGAGAGAAAAUCGUAACUCUCGAGAGAAUACAAAGGAAAUAGAGUUUGGUAAGGGCUGUUAAUGGCGAUUUAGACAAAGAGGGAAAAAGAAUAUCAAGUGACCAUCAAGAGUUUCUUUGUGUUGUUGCAUUUAGUUUUUCCCUAACAACUUUCAGCUUGCUGGGUCUUUGAUUCACUGCUUACGAGGAGAGAAAUUUAUUCCUUUUACUGGUUUUGAAAUUUGAAGGAAGUGAAGUGAAGGAGGUAUUAUAAACAAAUGGAGUGGAGUGCUUAUCUAGAUGAGUAUGAAAAGCUUGUUAUAAGGAUGACCACUCCCAGGGUCGUCAUCGACAAUGGCGUUUGUCCCACUGCGACCGUUGUCAAGGUUGAUAGUGCCAGAAAACAUGGAAUUUUGCUUGAGGCUGUUCAAGUUCUUACGGAUCUUAACCUUUCAAUUAAAAAAGCUUACAUUUCUUCUGAUGGAAGAUGGUUCAUGGAUGUUUUUCAUGUGACUGAUAUAAAUGGAAAUAAAUUGACUGAUGAGAGCGUUAUUAACUACAUCGAGCAGGUAUUAUUAGCGUGCUUAAAUGCAAUUUACAUUAAUUUGUUGAUUUCAGGAAAUGGUUUUCUUGUGGAAACUGAAAAGUGUUUAAUGUAUGUUACUUUACAGUCACUUGGGACAAUUCACUAUGGCAGAACCCACGAUUUCAACGGUUUAACCGCAUUAGAACUCACCGGUACAGACCGGGUUGGCCUUUUGUCAGAGGUUUUUGCAGUGCUAGCUGACCUUCAAUGUGAUGUUGUAGAGGCUAAAGUUUGGACUCAUAAUGGUCGAAUUGCUUCUCUAAUUUAUGUAAAAGACUGCAAUUCAGGGUCCCCAAUUGAGGACUCUCAACAUAUUGAUAGAAUUGAGGCUCGUUUAAGGAAUGUUCUGAAGGGGGACAAUGACAUUAGGAGCGCAAAAACAUCGGUCUCUAUGGCAGUCACACACACAGAGAGAAGGUUGCAUCAAAUGAUGUUUGCUGAUAGGGACUAUGAAAGGAAGCCUAUUUUGCGGUUUAGUGCUGAUUCACCGGUGGUGACAGUGCAGAAUUGGGUGGAGAGGGGUUACUCAGUUGUUAAUGUUCAAUGCAAGGAUCGAAUGAAACUUUUGUUCGAUGUUGUUUGCACCUUGACAGACAUGGAAUAUGUUGUGUUUCAUGCUACAAUCAACACUGCAGGGGACAAAGCAUAUCUGGAAUUUUACAUUAAACACACAGAUGGAACCCCGAUUAGCUCAGAGCCUGAAAGGCAGCGGGUAAUUCAAUGCUUGCAAGCGGCAGUUGAGAGAAGAGCUUCUGAGGGUGUAAGGCUAGAAUUAUGCACGCCUGAUAGGCAAGGUCUUUUAGCAGAUGUGACGAGAACAUUUAGAGAGAAUGGCCUUAAUGUGACAAGGGCUGAGAUAUCAACCUCAACAAAAACGGCUACAAAUGUAUUCUACGUAACUGAUGCAAUUGGUAACCCUGCAGAUUCUAAGAUAAUUGAAUCUGUUCGUCAAAGAAUUGGAUUGAGUAAUUUAAAAGUGAAGGAAUUGCCACCAUUGAUGUACCAUCAAGAGGCAGAAAGGGAAGAGCAAGGUGUAGGAGUAGCAGGGACAGUGUUGUUAUCACUUGGAAGCCUAGUAAGAAAGAAUCUAUACAAUUUGGGAUUAAUCAGAUCAUACUCUUAAAAAAAGGUGCAAGUAAAAAACAAGAAUGGAUUAAGAGGAAGAAAAGAAAUUUGUUGAUGUCAUCUCUUGUUUGAGGUGGGUAUAUUCUUUGCUUCAUGUUUGGGAUGGUGUUUUGUUGUACAUAUGGAAAAAGGUGGGGAAUUUGGGUGAUGGUAGUAAUAUUAAGUAGUUGGUUAUAGUUGGGUUUGGUUGGUAGAAUAGAGGGAUAGAGAUACAGAUUGGAGAGGUUGCUCCACCAUAUUUUAUAACUUUUUGCAAAAAUAUUAUGAAAUGCAAGAAAGGAAGAAGAAAUGGGCAGCAAAAGGGGGAAAAGAAAAGGGGGUGGCAGUAUUGGUGGAGGGUUGUGAUAAAAAUUGGAUUUGUUGGUGGCAGAAUGGGAAGAAAAUUAGGUUGAAUUUGAAAACAAAAUGGCCGCUUCUUCAUAUACAGCACACAGUUUGUACAUAACGACAUCUUAAUAUAUUAAUGUUAAUGGUUGACUUGAUUAUUCUUUA